UCGCGAUCGCCUUACGGCGCUCAUCUGGCGAUGGCGAUCUUCUUCGAGCUCUGCAAAAUGGCUAUGACGGCGGUGAAGGUCUGCUACAAUCUCGUCCCCUUGCUAUUCGCCGCAUUGGCGCCGUCGACGAGGGCGUCGAUCCAGGCGUUGGCGAUGGCGUUCGUCUCCAAGAUCGUCUCCCUCGGGGCCAUGGCGGCGACGGCGUGCCACAAUCUCGUGCCCUUUCUCUGUGGUUUGGCGGCGUCCUUCACCAAUAUUUCGGCAUUGGCGCCGUCGACGAGCAUCGCGAUGGCGUCGAUCCAGGCGGUGGCGAUGGCGUGCGUCUCCAAGAUCCUCUCCCUCGCGGCCAUAGCGGCGACGGCGUGCCACAAUCUCGUGCCCUUUCUCUACGAUUCGGCGGCGUCUUCCACCAAGAUUUCCGCAUGGGCGCCGACCAUCGCGAUGGCGGCAACCUCGAUCCAGGCGCUGGCGAUGGCGUGCUUCUCCCCGAUCGCAUGUUACGCGAGGACGACCUCAGGAAGUGAGUUGAAUCUCAGGGUUCUAUGGCGAUGGGCAAUCGGUCUUGUCUUUGCCUUCACCCGGAGCGUUUCGGUGUGGCCUUUGAUCCUCAUCAUCGUUUUCUAUGUAGCCUUUGAAAUCGUGUCUGCUGUGGAGUGGAUUUUCGGCCCGGUUUUCCAGUUGAUCCAGUAUGUUUUGAUCAAGAUAGGACUUCCUUGCCCGCUGAUCAUCACUGGUAAAAGAAUCCUGGUAUUUCCUUGCGACGAUCACCCACAUUCACUCGUUGGCAUCAUGGGAGAACAGCGCCCAGCGAUUAUCCUGCAGAUGGCUGCUAACUAUGUACUCACGAACUAUAGUUGGCCAUGGAAGAUUUGGCGCGUGGAUCUCUUCGUCUAUGUCUCUUCAGAUGAGUUGCUGCGCGACCACGACAAACUAAUGCAAGAGGCUCGCCACGCCUAUCGAGAAGCCGUUCGGCAAAUCGGGCCAGUGGAAGCGUUCGUUAUUGCUGGCAAGAAAUCCCAGGUGACGCGCUCUCGUGGCAUUGGUCCUGCUUUUUUCCUCAUGACCAGAAGGCUCAAGAACGAGCUGGCUGCUCUUGGGUACGAGUACCGCUUGUAUUGCUUUAAGACCCUUGCUCCAGCUGGUUUCCUCGAUGCUCCACCUCCAGCUCCAAUCGCUCCCUCCCAGGCUCUGCGCCCGCGUCGCCCUGACCCGUACGCAGGGGCGUCAGACGCUUAUAACCUAAGGAAUGCGGUCUGAUUGAACACUCAGCGUAAGUUUUGCCUAGUUGAAGUCCGUCGUCACUGAAAAACAAUUUCUCAUUGUUGCUGGAGCGAGUUUUGAAAGAUCUGAUUCUUUUACAUACACGAACACUCUAGAGGAUGGGAAAGUUAA